AUGACCAUAUCCAUUUUGCCUAUCACAGAUCGUCGAAGCAGUACGAAAUCGCUUACUUCAAAUUCCAAAUCUGCGGAAUCAGAAUUGGGGCUUGCUAAGUUCCGUAUAAAGGGGGGGGCUGUUGUUGCCCCUGAAUCUGGUCUCGACAAUCAGGCCAGUAUUCUAUCUGAUGGCCGUGGUAAACCAUUAAACGCCACUCUCGGAAUGGUCGAUCUAGUGAGAGGCUCCAAUUCAUUCUAUAAGUUGCAGGCACUCAAGGCCGAUGCUUCCUUAAAUUUCUGGGUUUUUCGACAUUGGGGUCGCAUUGGUACCUCAAUCGGUGGCACAAAACUAGAAGCGUUUUCUAAUAAAAUAUUGGCUGAGGACUCCUUUAAGCUCUUGUAUCUGGAGAAGACUGGUAAUAGUUGGGACAACCCUUCAUUUACAAAAGUUCCGAAGAAGUUUUAUCCACUCGAACUAGACUAUGAAGAGAUUGAUCUCAAAAAGAUGCCUUUGGGCAAGAUGUCCAGGCGUCAAAUACUUCAAGCAUAUGGCGUUCUUAAUCAACUUACGAAUUUGUUUGAAGAUGCAUCGCGAUCCAAUGCUGUCUCGGUGCCGCAGAAUCAGCUAGUCAGCGCGUCAACACAGUUCUACACGUUGAUUCCGCAUGAUUUCGGUAUUCGCCAGCCACCAUUGCUAGACUCCUUGCCAGCUAUAGAAAAGAAGGCACAGAUGUUGGAAGACCUUUUGGAAAUCGAAGUUGCUUACAAGCUAAUGCGGAGCAAUGACGAUAAAGAUGAGGAAUGCCAUUUAGAUCAAUAUUAUAAGACUCUGAAGACGGAUAUUGAGGUGGGACACCUGUUAAAUUUAUUCAAUUUCUUCCUUUUAGCUCCUACAUUCAUUUCAUAUACUAGCUUCCUCAUUUUGCAUCUUUAG